GGGAAUACUAUUGCUGGAGGAUACUGUAUGCAGCGCUAUACGAAAGAAGAAGGUUUGAAAUUAUAUUAUAAAGGGUUAGAUGCUAUUUCAGAUAUGGUGAAGAAAAAGAUAGAGAAAAAACUUACCAAUUAUGAUCCUAAUAACAUUGAUAAUUUGCUUGAAGCGCUAUAA